AUGAGUUGUGCUGCCAGCGCUUUGGACAAUGGUUUGGCGCUGAAACCUACCAUGGGCUGGCUGCACUGGGAGAGAUUCAUGUGCAACACCGACUGUCAAAGUGAUCCUGAAAACUGCAUUAGUGAGAAGCUAUUCAUGCAGAUGGCUGAUGCGAUGGUAAAGGAGGGCUGGAGAGACGCUGGAUACGAGUACGUUUGCAUCGAUGACUGCUGGUCCUCACACAAGCGUGACGCACAGGGCCGACUGGAGGCCGACCCCACCAGGUUCCCCAGCGGCAUCAAGAAUCUGGCCAACUAUGUACAUUCCAAAGGCCUGAAGCUGGGAAUUUAUGCAGACCUCGGCUCCAAAACCUGUGGUGGAUAUCCAGGCAGUCUGGGAUACCAUGAGAUUGACGCCAAAACAUUUGCUGAGUGGGAUGUCGAUCUGCUCAAGUAUGAUGGCUGCUAUUUAGACUGGAAGCUGCUUGGAGAAGGUUACAAGAACAUGUCAAAAGCUCUUAACGAGACUGGAAAGAGCAUCCUCUACUCCUGUGAAUGGCCUUUGUAUGAGUGGCCUUUUCAGCAGCCCGAUUACACAGCCAUCCGUGAAACCUGUAAUCACUGGCGCAACUAUGCUGAUGUCUAUGACUCAUGGAGUAGCGUCAAGUCCAUUUUGGAUUGGAGCGCCAAAUAUCAGCAAAUCAUUGUCCCUUCAGCUGGACCUGGAGGCUGGAAUGAUCCUGACAUGCUUGUAAUUGGGAAUUUUGGCCUAAGUCAUGGCCAGCAGGAGUCCCAAAUGGCCUUAUGGGCAAUCAUGGCAGCUCCACUGAUAAUGUCCAAUGAUCUGCGAGAUAUUUGCCCGCGUUCGAAAGCACUGCUACAAAACAAAUACAUCAUUGCCAUAAAUCAAGACCCAUUGGGUAAACAAGGGUUCCAGACUUCCAAGGGAGGUGACUUUGAGGUGUGGGAGAGGCCUCUGUCUGGGAACCGACUGGCCAUAGCCGUGCUGAACGUGCGGGAGAUUGGGGGCCCUGGGCGCUUUAUGCUUGCUUUGGCUCCAGGCUGGACACACUGUAAUCCUGACUGUAACGUCACCAUGAUCCUCCCUAAGUAUCAGGAGCUGGGCUCAGUUCCUCUGCAAACUAACAUGACGCUCCCAGUGAAUCCAUCAGGGACCGUUCUGCUGACUGUCACUCCUCGGAGCAAGCUCGAAUGGAAGAGCUUCUUGUAG